UGUCCACUCCGCGUGCACACCCAGAAACCUUAUUUCCUCUCUCUACCAUUGCACAAGUAACCAACAUCGGCAUUUGGCGACCUCCAUUGUCCCGUGGAGAUGGACAAGUCAAGCCUGUACCUAAAAGGGUUUCCUGGUUUGGUACAUCCAACAAGCGCAAGCAUGGAGGAGAGACCAAUGGCCUCUUCCACUUCCUGCAAAGGCCCUGACCACGACGACAAGAGCAAGAAGCACCAGUGCGAGCUGAUCGGCUACGAGGCGCUGCCGGAGUGGCUCAAGGACAACGAGUACAUCCACGGCUACUACCGGUGCGAGUGGCCGAUGAAGGAGACCAUCCUCAGCAUCUUCUCCAUCCACAACGAGACCCUCAACGUCUGGUCGCAUUUGGUAGGAUUCCUGCUGUUCCUGUGCUUGACGAUCCUCACGGCAAUGGUGAUCCCACGGGACGGCGGCGGGAACACAUUUGACGACACGCCAUCGACUAGGAGCUACUGGGGAGAUCUGAUGGCGAUGGCCAACGUGACAGGGGCGCUGAAGCAUGAGGCAGCCGCCUGCCUCCUGCUGCCUCCAGCUGCCGCAGAUUUGUCUGGAAACGAGGAGGAGAUCCCGAACAGCUGUCCACCCAACACAUCAUCCUCGCCCUCUCACCACCAUGUUGCGCUGAUCCAGGCGCAGCAGGACGCGAGCGCGGCGCCACGGGCCGUGGACGCUGCCUCCGCCGAUCCGAUCACGCGGUGGCCGAUGUUCGCGUACCUGUGCGGAGCCAUGGUGUGCCUACUUACGAGCAGCGCAUGCCACCUGGUGCUGUGCCACUCGGAGAGAAUGGCGUACGUGACGCUCCGGCUGGACUACGCCGGCAUCGCCGCCCUGAUCGUCACCUCCUUCUACCCGGUCGUCUACUACUCCUUCCUCUGCCACCCGGGGCUCCAGCGGCUCUACAUGGGCUUCAUCACCGCCUUCGGCGCCGCGGCGGUCACGGCGUCGCUGGUGCCGGUGUUCCAGGCGCCCGAGUUCCGCCCGCUCCGCGCCGGGCUCUUCUCAUGCAUGGGCGUGUCGGGGCUCAUCCCCGUCGCGCACAAGCUCGUGCUAUACGGCGGCCGGCGGGAGGCCGCCGUGACUGCGUGCUACGAGGCGCUCAUGGGCGCGCUCUACGGGCUCGGCGCCGCCGUCUACGCGGCGCGCGUGCCGGAGCGGUGGUUCCCCGGGAGGUUCGACCUCGUCGGGCACAGCCACCAGCUGUUCCAUCUCUUCGUCAUCGCCGGCGCGUACGCGCACUACCUCGGUGGCGUCGAGUACCUCAAGUGGAGGGACGCCGACAGGUGCUGGUGACCGGCGGCAUGGCAUGGCUACAGUUGUACAGCUACAUCUCCGGCUGAAGAUGGAGGGAUCUGGCGUCAAGAAACUGUGCAUUUUGUAGUGAAAGAGUACUAAGGUAUACAUACAUAGGGGAUUGUUUGAUUGAUGAAAUGGAUGUGAGGCGUAAUUUGUAUGAAGAGAUUAAGAGCUGCUUAGCACCGGACAAGCGACAAUCUUGUGUAUAAUUGAUUGGAACCUCUCCUUCAUGGUCUCGAAAGAAAAUGAGUGCAACUAAUGCUGUAACAAACAUAUGUAGAUAAACUUGGAUUCAGUGAUGAUUAUAUUCGUCAACUGAGCCUUGAGGAUCUCACUCAUAUCGCUCAGUUUGAUGGAAAUGUCAGGUUGUUUCA